AUGCGGGUAAUAGAGGAGAGAUGUGUUAUUGAUUUGGGAAUGAUGACCAGAUUGCUAAUGUUUCUGGUUGAAAGUGGAGAGAAAACGGGAAAGAGAUACCCGGAUCACAGGACAGGACAAAGACAGGAAAUGAGAAAAUUAGCAACUAUAAAAGAGUUUAAAAAUAUUGAGAGGGAACGGUGGACUGGAAUGAUGCAGGAAUGCUACUUAUUUGAAAUUAAAAAUGAUGAAUCGAUAAUGUUCGGGCAAAUCGUUAUUGGUGCACCAGGUGCAGGGAAGACAACUUAUUGUGAUGGCAUGAGUCAGAUUUUAUCACAGCUUGACCGACCUGUGAUUUGCGUGAAUUUAGAUCCGGCAAAUGAUUAUGUUCCAUACAAAUGUGAUAUUGAUAUUCGAGAAUUGGUGAAAGUGGAGGAUAUCACCAGUCGAUUGAAUCUUGGCCCUAAUGGAGCAUUAAGGUAUUGUAUGCAAACUUUGAAGAAGAAUAUGGAAUGGUUACGACUAAAAUUGUCGCAUGUAGAUGGAUAUUUACUUUUUGAUUUCCCGGGACAGCUCGAGCUAUACAAUAGUGACGACUGCAUUACAUCUAUUAUCCAUAGCAUGGAAAAAUGGGGUCUCCGUCUGGUUGCUGUGCAUCUCAGUGAUAGUCUCUAUUGUUCGGAUGCAGGUAAAUUCAUCUCGGUAUUGUUAAGUGCACUUUCAAUCAUGAUAAACCUGGAAUGUGCCCAAAUUAAUGUGUUAUCGAAGCAGGAUUUAUUAGAAGACAAUGACUUGCCGUACAACUUCGAGUUUUUUGAACAACUUCCGGAUGCGUCACGGUUGGUCGAAUUGCUUGAUGAGUCACCAAUACUCAAACAAUAUAAAGGAUUGAAUGAAAUGCUCUGUUCGGUGAUAGGCGAUUAUGAUUUGGUAAAUUUUACGGGUUUGGAUGUUACAAGCAGAAAACAUAUGCUGAAUAUACUAAAAUUAGCUGAUACUGCUAAUGGUUAUGCCUUCACCGAUGCGCCUGAUCUCAGAAACAUUGUGCAAAAGUGA